GAUUUGAAUUAAAUGAGGAGUUAGGCGCUCGCGCGCGUGCGAGUUUGUUACUCGGUUAGGUCUGUUAGGGGGGAGAGAAGGGGAGCGUGAGAGGGUCCUGCGUAUCCUCGUGGCGGAGGACGCGCGCGCAGGUAGGAAUUACAGAUGAGAAAAUGCCACUUUUUGGGAAAAUUGUUGUCAUUAAAAAGAAUGGGAGUGAUGGAACUCAUUUUCCGCUGACUAGAAACUCUUGUUUGUUUGGAAGGAAAAGAGAGUGUGACAUCAGAAUUCAGCUGCCUCAGGUUUCCAAAGAACAUUGUAAAAUCGAAGUCAAUGAAAAUAAGGAGGCAACUUUGUUUAACUUAAGUCCUGCAAACCCAACAGAACUCAAUGGAAAUAUUUUUCAGCAGCCUACGUACUUAAAGCAUGGAGAUGUAUUCACUAUUAUUGAUCGUUCUUUCAGGUUUGAAUAUCCACCUUCAUUACUUCCACGGAAGAGGAGUUCCAGGUCUCAAGAGAAUGAAACAUUACAGGUUCUUCAUAUUCUGCAGGAAGAACAGGAGGAGUUGUUGCACUGUCGGAAUUCAGAAUCUAAAAGUCCUCAGAUUUCUGAAAAGAAACUUGACUGGGAAAAUCGGAAUACUAAUGAAAGUGACAAGACAAAAAUUCAAGAAUUUAUUACUGGACAGUAUGGCACACCCCAAUCUACAUACAAAACCUUCAGUUCAGAAAGGAAAAAUGAAAUGUCUCCUUUUAGCGAACUUUAUGAAUUAGUGAAGCACGAACCUGAUACAAAAAUAGCAGAGAAAGAUAUUAGCAAUGAAACAUUUCUGCAGUCAAAAGAAGAACACUUAGCCAGAAAAGAUGGUAAUGAUACCUUGGAAGAAGCUGCAUCUCAGAUACCACACAGGAUAUCUGAAACUGGUCAAACUAAGAAGACUGAAGGUGUAAUUUGGAAUGAAUUUGAACAUUCUCAUUAUAUUAAAAGUCAAGAAAUAAACAGUGUGAUAUCAAAUCUAAGAUCCGUUGAAAGGAACAGAUCCAAAAGAUCAUCUUUGGGUCUUCAAGGUUAUGCUGCAGAACGGAAGCAAGAAAGUGAAGGCACCAAUCAGUUAAAUUUCCAGAAAGCAGAAGAGAAUGAACUAGAUGGAACUGAAGGGAUUAAAAAUGCAAGUAAUGAUACAAAUCUAACAGCAAGUAGACAAAGUGCAAAGUAUUUCCAUGAAUCAUGUUCCAUAGUAUCAUUGGAACCUGCAGAUAGAGCAGGGCACCCUGAAAAGUCAGAAGAAGAGCCAACAAAGACAGCUGAUGUGGAAAUCAAAGCUAACUUAACAGAUACUUGCAGAUCGGUUGAAAGCAUUUUGUCCAUACCAAAGUCUAAUAAAGAGAGUUUUCAAACUUAUUCUAGUCCACGUUCUAGAAAAUCUAGACGUUCUUCAAAAUCUAGAAUGCAACAGGUAGAUUCAUUGAUUGAACUGAAGAAUUCCACAGAAACCUCUUCUGAAAUUGAAGAGUGCUCAAUGAAUGUUAGUGCAACGAAGCCUGAUUUUGUUGCCUCGACAGAAAAGUUUUUUAAAAUAAAAGGCAAGAAUGAAGUGCUGGCCAUAGAACCAAUGCAAACUCUGAAAGCAACAAAUGAGAUUUCUAUGAACAACACACAAAAAGAUAGAAACUCUGGAAUGAUUGCCUAUUCAUUUCGCUGUCGUAACAGUAAAAGCCCCCGGAGGAGCAUUAAGCAAAAUGAAGACUUUUUAAAUGGGCAUUUUUCUACAGAGCAGAUGCAUAUCAAUUCAGAGGAGUCAUUAGAAGUUCCUGUAGAUACUUCUGGAACAGGUUGCAUGUGCACACCUAACCAGCCACCUGAAAAAGAGGGAAACUGGCUCCAGGAGGAGGAUGAUAAAAUAAAAGAACCAACGAUGAAGGCCCACAACCAGAGUUUUGAUAACAAACACUAUAUACCAGGUCAUGAAAGUAAUGUACCAGUGCCAGCAGAGGGUGAGACUGCUUCAGAACUGAAUGUGACAAGCGCAUUUACUAUAAAAAGAAAGUCAGAAGUUAAGAAAUCACCUAAAAAGCGGAAGGACGAAGAACCUGACAUAUUAAUUCAGCCUCUUGGAAAGAGAAAGAGGGUGUCCUUUGGUGGGCACUUGAGUCCUGAACUGUUUGAUAAACGCUUACCUCCAAACUCACCACUUAAAAGAGGUGCAACUCCAGCACGACUGAGCUUGCCAUUUGGAAACUCGCCUCGAGCGGUUUUGAAAUUUAGACAAUCUCGAAUCAAGAGUUUCCCUGAAGGGGUUCAGCAUGAGAAUAUUUCAUCUAAGAAUGCUGCCUCACCCUCAGCACGCAGGUCUCCAGUUGCCUCGCCCGCAGCACGCAAGUCUCCGGUUGCCUCGCCCACAGCACGCAAGUCUCCAGUUGCCUCGCCCGCAGCACGCAAGUCUCCGGUUGCCUCACCCUCAGCACGCAAGUCUCCAGUGGCCUCGCCCGCAGCACGCAAGUCUCUGGUUGCCUCGCCUGCAGCAUGCAAGUCUCCGGUUGCCUCGCCCGCAGCACGCAAGUCUCCGGUUGCCUCGCCCGCAGCGCGCAAGUCUCCGGUUGCCUCGCCCGCAGCACGCAAGUCUCCGGUUGUCUCACCUGCAGCACGCAGGUCUCCGGUUGCCUCACCCUCAGCACGCAAGUCUCCAGUUGCCUCGCCCGCAGCACGCAAGUCUCUGGUUGCCUCGCCUGCAGCAUGCAAGUCUCCGGUUGCCUCGCCCGCAGCACGCAAGUCUCCGGUUGCCUCGCCCGCAGCGCGCAAGUCUCCGGUUGCCUCGCCCGCAGCACGCAGGUCUCCGGUUGUCUCACCUGCAGCACGCAGGUCUCCGGUUGCCUCGCCUCCAGCACGCAGGUCUCCGGUUGCUUCGCCCCAAGCCACUUUUUCUUUUGAUGCACCCCAAAGAAGAGGUCGCUUUUCAGUUUCUCAUGUUACCAGCCCACCUUCAGAAGAACAGGAUGCUCUUUCCAGUCAGAUGAACGGAGAUGAAGAGUUCACUGAAGUAAAGACAUCUGGACCUACUGUUCAAGAAUGCAAAGCUGCUCGUUCAACAAAGAGGAGCAAAAAUGCUAUUCCAAGAAGUUCUUUGUGCAGGAGAAGUGGAGUAAUGGGUGUAAUUCACUCUAAAAGGCAAAGUGGUGCUUCCAAAGCCAACUUGAUAGUUGCAAAGUCUUGGGCAGAUAUAGUGAAACAGGGUGUUCCAAAAUCUCAAGUAAGCAGUGCUGCAAAAUGUGGUCUUAAAAGAUCAGCCAAGAAGAGGUCAGCCAAGAAGAACUCAACAAAACCAUCAAAGAACAAUGUUUCCAUGCUAAAAACGCCAAUAAGAAAAGUCAAGGGUCACUUUACUACAGGCCAUGCAAAUUCCCCUGCUCCAAUUGUGAUUGGAAAAGCUCAUACCAGUAUUGUGAAUGCUGCUGCACAAGUCCCUAAAGUAAUGAUCAACUAUCCUUUGAAGAAACAUGAUGACUUAAAUGAAAGUUUUACAGGGUUGGCUGAGAUAUUCAACACUCCACUGACAGGUUUACCCUCUUCUGCUCAAAAGACUACUAUACCAACACCAGAAGUCGUCCCAGAAAUGCACACUCCAGAGGAGUCUGGAGAGAUGUCUGUAUCACCUUUCAGCGCAGCAAGCCAACAAAAACUUUACAACCAAGAUGUCAUAUCCCCCUUCUUGAAGGAAGUGUCACAGAUCUCUGGUCUUGAGCAAGAUGACCUAACUACAACUCCAAAAAUAACGAAUUCUUCAUUAGAAAAAGAUGUAGGGAAAAAUAUGUCACUGGUCACAGCAGCAAAUGAAGCUACUAUACAGGGAGUGAUGGAAGAUAAAAGAAAAGGUCCAGAACAAAAAUUAGAGCCUGUUGAAGCAUUUUCAGGGGUCAAGAGGCUCUUGAGGACACUGAAGCAAAAACCAGAGCCAGUUGAUGCUCUUUCAGGUGUGAAGAGGGUCUUGAGAACACCCAAACAAAAACCAGAGCCAGUUGAUGCACUUUCAGGAGUUAAGAGGGUCUUGAGAACGCCGAAGCAAAAACCAGAGCCAGUUGAUGCACUUUCAGGAGUCAAGAGACUCUUGAGGACGCCCAAAGAAAGCCUGCAGUCUGUUGCAGAUGACACUGUCUGCUCCAAAUUCAUUAUUAAUCAUGUUAUCAAGGCACCUAAGGAAAAAGUGGAAGCAGUGGAAGAUAUGGGAGGGAUUCAUAGGCUAUUGAGAACACCUAAACAAAGAUUUGAACCCAUGGAUGAUAUGGUUGGCAUUAGUCGAUUACUGAAGACACCAAAGCAGAAGUUUUUGCCAGUUGAUGACUACUUGGGACUGCAGAAGUUUAUGACCGAACCUAAACAAAGCUUUCCAAGUCCUGAAGUUGAUUAUACAGGUGUUAAGGAAAUGUUGGAAGCUGCAGAUGGACAGAAGGCUGAAUUGCCCGAGUUUGUGAAUCUAAUGAAAGAAGAUAAUGGAUCUUGUAUGAGUUCCAGAGAGUCCAUGAGAAAUGACUAUGAAAAUAAAGAAGCAAAACUGGAAUCAUCACCUAAAAGAAUAUCUCCUUUGCCAAAACCAAAGGACAACAGUAAAAAUAUUUCAGAAUUAGAAAAUAACUUGGGACACGUUGCAUGUAACACAUUUAGUGAAUUAAAAUCAGAAGCAGUGAUAGAACCUGUUGAAAUAAUGUGUGUUUCAGAAAGCCAUCAGCUAAAGGAAAUGGACUCUGAAAACGGGCACAAAAUUGAUUUUGUGAAAGAACCAGUUGCAAAUUCUGGGGCAGUAGAUAGAGAAAUCGUUGGACCAUUGGCUUCAGCUAGAAGAACUAGAAGAGCUGAUAAAUCCAGAUCUGUAAAAGAACAUGAUGCAAAAAAUACACAGAGGCAUACAAGCAGCACCCAGAGAGCAGAACCAGUCAAUUGUGUGCAAGCUAAUGAAAACUUUGACCAGAACAUCACUGAAAUAAAUCUAAAGCAAGAAUCUGAAAGCAACACAUCAGCAGUUGAAAGUGAGGGGGAAAUGGCAGCUCGACAAACUGAAGCAAGUUUAGAUUUAGAAGAAAAUGCAGAAAUACAAGACAAAAUAAAAAACCAAGAUUUUGAAACAUCAGGAGUGGAAAACGCUGGAAAUGUCAUACUGAAAAGAAAUAGAAGAGGAAAGGCUGCUUCAAUACAAGCAGAAUUGUUUACAACAAACACAGAUGUUAAUGAGGCUAAAAAGGAAAGUCUAAGACACACAACACCUAAAACACACGUUUUGGAAAAGACUGCAACAGAAGUUAAAGAAAAUAAUGUUAGAAGGAAAGGGAGGAAAGUUCAUCUUCUAUGUGAUAAUUCUGUACCACUUGAGGAAAAACGUAUGCUUGGAGAUAAGGAUGGUGCUUAUGAAGAACAAAAGAGUGCUUCCAUUGCAUCACAGCAAGAAAUUCAAAAUGAAGAGAAUCCUGGUGAAGCGCAGAAGGUGCCAUUGGAAAGUGUGCAAACUCCUGAGAUGCAUAGUCCACCAAGAAGGCAGACAGUAGCACCCAGGAGAGGAAGAAGCAAGCAAGCCAUUUCUCAGGAAACAACUAUAGAAUGUGACAGUAAACAGGCAGCUGAUACAGAAGACCAAAAUAUGCCUGUCACUGUAAAAGAGAAUCGACCAAAAAGGGGUAGGGGGAGACGAGCUGUUCCUGAAUGCCAGAUUCCACCUCUUUUGGAAAAUGUUGCUCUUACAAAAGAGAGUCCAACAGUGGACAGCUUUGGUUCUACCCAAGAAAAAUGUUAUUUGCAAGAAACUCAGACUAAAGAGAAUAUUGAUGAAAUGCCUAAGAUGCCCUUGGAAAGUAAGCAACCUCUUUUAGAACACAGCCCACCAAAAAGACAGAAGAUAGCAAAAGGGAACCCACCCAGGAGAGGUAGAAGCAAACAAACCAUUUCUCCUGAAACACUCACUGAAUGUGACAGUAAACAGGCAGCUGAUACAGAAGACCAAAAUAUGCCUGUCAUUGUAAAAGAGAAUCCGCCAAGAAGGGGCAGGGGGAGAAGAGCUGCUCCUGUAUGUUCAGUGACAUUGCCUCUGGAAGACAUUCCACUUACAUCUGAGCGCCCAACAGCGAACAGCAUUAGUUCUGCCCCAGGAAAGUGUUCCUUAGAUGAAAUUCAAAAUGAAGAGAAACCUAAUGAAACUGAGGAGGUGCCUUUGGAAGGUUUGCAAACUCCUGCAAAGUAUUGUCCAGCAAGGAAGCAAAAAGUAGCAAACAGGAUGCUGCCCAAGAGAGGGAAAAGCAAGCAAGCCAUUUCUCAGGAAACAUCCAUGGAAUGUGAAAGUAAACAGACGGCUGAUAAAAAAGACCAAGCCAUGGUUGUCACCAUAAAAGAUAAUCAGCUGAAAAGGGGCAGAAGAAGAGUUGUUCCUGUAUCUCAUAUGACAUCGCCUCUAGGAAACAUUACUCCUGCAUAUGAGGGUGCAACAGUGGACAGCUUUAGUUCUGCCCAAGGAAAACGUUCUUUGCAAGAAAUUCAUACUGAAGAGAAUCUUGAUGAAAUGCGUAAGAUGCCCUUGGAAAGUGAGCAACCUCUUUUAGAACACAGCCCACCAAAAAGACAGAAGAUAGCAAAAGGAAACCCACCCAGGAGAGGUAGAAGCAAACAAACAAUUUCUCCUAAAAUACCCACAGAAUGUGACAGUGAACAGACAGCUGAUACAGAAGACCAAAAUAUGCUUGUCACUGUAAAAGAGAGUCAGCCAAAAAGGGGCAGGGGGAGACGAGCUGUUCCUGAAUGCCAAAUACCACCUCCUUUGGAAAAUGUUGCUCUUAAAAAGGAGAGCCCAACAGUGGGAAGCCUUAGUUCUACCCAAGGAAAAUGUUCUUUGCAAGAUACUCAAAAUGAAAAGAAUCUUGAUGAAAUGCCUAAGAUGCCCUUGGAAAGUGUGCAACCUCUAUUAGAGCACAGUCCACCAAAAGGACAGAACCUAGCAAAAGGAAACUCACUCAGGAGAGGUAGAAACAAACAAACCAUUUCUCCUGAAAUACUCCCUGAAUGUGACAGUAAACAGGCAGGUGAUACAGAAGACCAAAAUAUGCUUGUCACUGUAAAAGAGAAUCAGCUAAAAAGGGGUAGAGGAAGAAAGACUGCCGCUGUAACAGCUCUUUCUCCCCUCAAAAAUAACAUUUUACUAUUGCCAUCCUCAACCAAAAGCAAAGGUGCUGUGGAACAGCCAAGUGAGGCUUUGGAAAUUGCAACUGUUGCAAGUGAGAAUCUGCCACGUAGAGGCAGAAGAAGAAAAGCAGAAGAGGUAAUUGCAGCAAGCUCUGUUUCUGCAAGUAAAAAACCCAUAUUGCUUGAUACUGGGAAUCAAGAAGACAUGCCAGAAGUUUUAAAAGGUUUGACAAUAGAUAAUGUUUCCAAAAGAGGUAGAAGAAAGCAAUUCGUUCCUUCUGAAAUCUCAACAGAAGGCAAUGGCCAACCAGGAAGUGACAACAGAAAGGUCUCUUUUGUAAAAGAUAACAAGAUGCCUUUGGAAAGUAGUUCAGUUUUCCAAAACCAAUCAAAGGGGAAGAGAGUAAAAAGAACUACUCCAUCACCGGUACACCCUUCUCUCAAAGUAAGCAUCACUCUAACAUCACCACCUCCAGACAAAGGUGAAACUGCCAGUAAAAAUCAAAACACCCUUCUUGAAAAUGAUGCAAUUGGAAAAGGGAAACUUGAAAAAUGUGGCAGAAGAAACAAAAAUAAAAUAGUGACACCUUCCAUGUCUGUCAGAAGAAAGCACAACCUUCCAGAAAAGGAAGAUUUUCAGGAAAAACAAAAUGUAGAUUUUGGAAAGCUAGCUAUACCCAAUGAGAAAAUAAGCAGAAGAGGUAGAAGAGUUGAUGCACUUGAAGCACCUAUUUCUGCUUCUCUCAGAACCAGGCGUAGUUUGAAUGCAGGGGGUGAUAAUGCUCCUAAAGAUCAACAGAUGAUUCUGAAGAACAAAUCAAAAUCUAAAGCAGAAAGCAUUGAAAAGACACCAUUAAAAAAAGAAAAAAAGAAAACAGUGAAAGAAGAACAUUCCAAAUCUACAGUUAAGCCUGCUGGAGAAACUGAAGGCAAGACAAGAGGGAGGAAAACAAAAAAAAAUGUUUUGUAAUUUUUGGUACUGGGUUUGUGUAAUUUUUUUCCUUCAGAAUAAAUGGACAUAUAUUGGUUGUAAAGUAUGCUUUGCAUUUAGAACCUUACUUUGUUUCUGUAACUUCAGUUCAUCCUUCAACAUUGACGCUUUCCCAUAUGUAUAUACAUUUUUCAUAUAUUUUACAGGGCUUUUUGUUUAACACUGUAUUGUGUUAAGAUAGUUUUAAUUCAGGUGUUAAUUGUUAUCUGAUUUUUACAUUAAACCAUACCUUGGCUUAAAAUAAUA